ACACUAGACCUCUCCAACAACCAGCUGACCGAGAUCCCUGCUGAACUGGCAGACUGCCCUAAGCUCAAAGAGAUCAACUUCCGAGGAAACAAGCUUCGAGACAAGCGCCUAGAGAAGAUGGUGGGUGGAUGCCAGACAAAAUCCAUCCUAGAGUACCUGCGUGCUGGUGGCCGCGGCGGUCGGAGCAAGGGCCGUCAAGAGGGCUCCGAGAAGGAGGACCGAAAGAAGAGGCGGGAGCGGAAGCAGCGUCGGGAAAGCGGGGAGGGUGAGGACGAGGUAGCAGACUCAGCCCGGAUGAUUCUCAAGAUCUUGCACGUCUCUGAGAACCCCACACCCCUGACCAUCAGGGUAAGCCCGGAGGUCAGGGAUGUACGCCCAUACGUCGUGGGGGCCAUUGUGCGAGGCAUGGACCUGCAGCCAGGAAAUGUACUCCGGCGCUUUCUCAACUGCCAGACCAAGCUCCAUGAUGACCUCUGUGAGAAGAGGACAGCAGCAACCAUUGCGACCCACGACCUCCAGGCAGUGCGUGGGCCCCUGCUGUAUGCAGCCCGGCCACCCGAGGACCUCAAGAUUAUGCCCUUGGGGCGGAGAGAAGCCAAGGCCAAGGAGCUGGUGAAGCAGCUGCAGCUGGAGGCGGAGGAGCAGAGAAAGCAGAAGAAGCGACAGAGCGUCUCAGGGCUACACAGGUACCUCCACUUACUGGACGGGAAGGAAAACUACCCUUGUCUUGUGGAUGCCGAAGGGGACGUGAUUUCCUUCCCACCUAUAACCAACAGUGAGAAGACGAAGAUUAAGAAAACAACAUGCAACUUGUUCUUGGAAGUAACAAGUGCCACUAGCCUGCAGCUCUGUAAGGACAUCAUGGACAACCUCAUUCUGAAAAUGGUGGAACUGAACAAAAGCACUUCAGAAAACAAAGAGGAAGACACACUCUCGGAUACAGAGCCUGGUGCCAGCCAUGGGCUUUCUGAUCCCAACUUGGAUCUGAGAUCUGGGAAGGAUGGACAGUGCUCCCUGGUGGUGGAGCAGGUCCGAGUGGUGGACCUGGAGGGGAGCUUGAAGGUGGUGUACCCAUCCAAGGCCGACCUGGUCACCAUCCCUGCCUAUGUGACUGUGGUUCGCUGAUAGUCCAGGCUGCAUAACUGUCUCCACUUGUGGCUCCCAUGGGUGGUGUGAUGGCUGUAGAUGUCUGUGUGGUUGUUCUUCGUUCCUUUUCUCUAGGUAUUUGAAGGUGUCUGCUUCUGUCUAGGUGAUUGCUGUAAAGUGAGCUGUGUUAUCACAACACUAAUGUGAUUCUGCUGUUUCCAUGGGUUACUCCAAUAACCACUGGAAAUGUUCUGGAUCAUGUGGCAGGGAUCCUGGGAAGGACACCCAGCUUGGUUUGACAGUGCAGGUGCAAGUUCCGGUUAAAUGGCAGGCAUUCUAUUGAACGGUACUUAAUUUUCUACCACAUGUUAACAUUUUUUUUUUUUAAACAACACCUGUGCAAAGACAGCUGGGAACAUCAUGUUGUACCUUACUCUUUUUAGAGCUUGCUUCCUAGCAUGGUGCUGCUGCUCCCACGGAAAAGUGUGCCCAGAGCGGGAGUACUGGUCAUUGUUGGUAAAUCACUCCUUAGCCACAGAGGUAGUACAUAGCCCAUGCAGUCCAAUGUAGUCAGACAGAUUUCUGUGAGUGGAUGGGAAGGCUGGUUUGUAGACUAUCAGCCAGUGAUGGGAAGGUGUGCCACACACAUGGUCCUACAGGCUUACAUAUCAGUGUGACAUUGUACACCAUCCAUCUCUCCGUGCAUUGGCUUACGUACUCAUUACACUCCUGCCAUCCCUGGAGCCAAAGUGCUUGGUACAGAAGGGACUUAGUGGCCCCCAUGCCUUACCAUCUGGCUGCAGAAGAGAACCAGGCCCUUCAGCCUUUCCGGGUGACACCAUCUUCUCUUUGGUGGUCUUUGACCUCAAAGGAUAAUUUCUGUCUUCUGUAAAACAACAGUGGUUUGGGGUUUUUUGUUUUGAGGCUGUGCAAGAGCCUUUAGUUGUCAGAACCAGUGAGGCUCUGGGCCCUUCAUGGCAGUGUCCUGAACAAAGCUGGUAGGUGUUUCAGAGCCCCGUGAGACAGCCCCUUGUGACUACACAGUUGCUCAUAGGUCCCUUUGAGUGGCCAUGGCUAGAGCUCACCUAUUCUGUGUGGUUUCACUGAAGUGUGUAAGGGUGGAGCUGCCCCAUGCCCAUCUUCUCCCACCCCACCCCAGUCCCUGCUUUUCCCUCCAGCACAGCCCAUGUGUGGUGUUGAGAUUUUUGGAACUGUUUCUACAGAUACAAGCAGAACACCUCUUUGUUCUAAUAAAACCCCUUGGUAGCAACA